AUGUUUUCCCGACGCGUCGCAGCCAACUUGCUACGACACGCCGGUCGUCCAGCCGUGCGAGCGCCCAUCUCGCCCCUGACGCCCGUCCCGUUCCAGGCCCGCCUCCUCUCGGAAGCGACGCGCUCCGCCAUCGACAAGGCCGUCGCCUCGGCGCCCGUGGUGCUCUUCAUGAAGGGCACCCCCGAGAUGCCCCAGUGCGGCUUCUCCGCCACCGUCAUCAAGAUCCUCGGCAUGCAGGGCGUCAAUCCCGACAAGUUUGCCGCCUUCAACGUCCUCGAGGACGCCGACCUGCGCGAGGGCAUCAAGGAGUACUCUGACUGGCCGACGAUUCCUCAGCUGUACGUCGACAAGGAGUUUGUUGGCGGCUGCGACAUCCUGCGGACAAUGCAUACCAACGGCGAGCUGGCCAAGUUUUUUGAGGACAAGGACGUCCUCGUUAUGGAGGGCGAUGCGUGA